UUAUUUAGGCACCACCACGACGACAACCACUACAACAGCUCUGGAUUGUGAUACUUGUGUGGUUACUACUCUUGUUGGUGUUGGUGGUGGUGGUGCUGCUACUCCUGUUGGUACUUGUGCUGCUGCUUGUCCUCUUGUUGAUGCUGUUGCUGUUGUUGGUGUUGUUGAUGGUCGUAUUUGUUCUAUUACUUCAACUGGAAAUUGUGCGGCUCCUGCGGGUGCUCAGACUGUUUGUAGCAACGGUGCUGGUUUUACUUGUUGUUGCGUGCCUCCAGCAGGUUAA